UAUUGCGCAAUCUACGAGAUUACUCGUACGAACCCGGCCUGCAAGGUGAAGAACACAAUGUGGGCCUUCACCAGCGGCGACAGCGACGUGAAGCCGAUCCGUCGCCGAAGUGUUCAACGUGACGCGAUCCGGACGGCCAGUCUGUCGAGUCGCGCCUCCGGUACAGUUCGACGCCACCAAGCGCCGACGAGCCGCGAGCCCUCGUCCUGGGCUGGCUACAGUCGCUACGUCGGGGGCUCCCACGGAUACAGUCAGCGUCAGGCGCGCACCGCCGCCGGCCUUCGACGCCACCGACGACCGACGCCCGCGAACGCUGAGUCCGAGGCCGCCGCCAGCGUCAACGUCGACGUCGAGGCCGAGGCCGACUUCGCCGACCUCGAAGCGGCCGGCGGUCAAGCCUCCUGGGCUCACGCAUGGCUGAACCACGCCGCCCUCCUGCGUCCACGACAGCAGAUCUGCGUCACCUGCUAUCCGACCUACAUGCGGCCCGAUCUCGGUCACCAGUGCCGCGGUACCGGGAUCACCAACAUCCCGACGCGAUGGCGCGCACUGCGCACCGCCGACUGCCACGGCCAGUUCAAGAUGAUCGGAGCCCCCAAACGAGCCUGCACAUGCGGCGAAGGCUCGGCGGCAUUUUUGGCUGCUCAUCUCUCUGUUUCGCCCACUUUCCCUGCCCACUCAGCCAAGGCAUACUCCUCCAGACACACUUCCGCUUUUCACACCACCAGACCCAUACGCAAGCCGUCUGCUGCUCACUACAUAGCUAUCUAUUCCUCUAUCCAUCCGGCCAUCGAAGCGUCUAGCUAUCGACUAGCCUUCUCUGCUCUUCCUUCUCCUCCUGCUUCUACUCAUUCUUACUUGUCUUCUUUCUCCUACUCAUCUUCCUUUUUAUUCUUCCUCCUUCUUCUUGUUCUUCUGAGCGAUGCAGCUGCCUCGGACACUACCGACGCCUCAGUUGAGCAAAUGAGACGUCCGCUUCGCCGCCCAUUUUCAGACCGCAUCAUCUACUGCACGGUUCAUUAG